AUAAAACAUCGAUUUUGAAAGCUCGUUUCACGCCGUCUUCAAAUAAGCAUGGGUAAAAAGGGAAAAAUUGGAAAAUCUCGUAAAGAUAAAUUCUAUCAUUUAGCUAAGGAAACAGGUUAUAGAGCUAGAUCAGCAUUCAAGUUGUUGCAAUUGAAUAGGAAAUAUGAAUUUCUGGAGAAAUCCAGAGUAUGUAUUGACCUUUGUGCAGCUCCUGGGGGUUGGCUUCAGGUUGCUGCCGAGAAAAUGCCGAUAUCGUCGGUUAUUAUUGGUGUCGAUUUAGUUCCAAUUAAACCAAUUAGAAAUGUAAUAACUUUAACUGAAGAUAUAACAACUGAAAAAUGCAGACAAGCUUUAAAGAAGGAAAUACAAACAUGGAAAGCUGAUAUUGUACUUCACGAUGGUGCUCCGAAUGUAGGAAAAAAUUGGCUGCACGAUGCUUUUUCUCAAGCAACUUUAACUUUACAAGCUUUAAAGUUGGCUCUUGAAUUUCUAAAGAAAGGAGGCUAUUUUGUUACAAAAGUUUUCAGAUCUAAGGAUUAUAAUUGUUUGCUUUGGGUUUUCCAGCAACUGUUUAGAAAAGUAUUUGCAACUAAACCUGCAGCUUCUCGUAAUGAAUCUGCCGAAAUAUUUGUUGUAUGUCAGGGUUUUAAGGCUCCAGAUAAAAUUGACCCAAAAUUUACUGAUCCAAAAUAUGUCUUUCAAGAAGUAGCUCUUUUGGCUAAAGACUCUAAAAAAGCCUUACAACUAAUGACGAGCGAGAAAAGAAAGAGAUCAAGAGAAGGAUAUGCCGAUGGAGAUUAUACUCUUCACCAUAGCCUAAGCGUUAACGAAUUUUUUGAAAAGGAAAACUUUCUUGAACUCUUAGCUGGUUGUCACGUCUUGCUGCUGGAUAAUGAAAAAAUUCGUGACCAUCCCCUUACGACAAAAGAAAUUAAACUUUGCUGUUCAGAUAUUCAAGUAUUGGGUAGAAGAGAUGUUAAAAAUCUCCUAACUUGGAGAAAAAAGCUUUUAGAAGAAUUUAAAACCGUUGAUAAAAAAGAAGCGGAAGUUGAAGAAGUUAGUGAUGCCGAUAGUGAAGAGGACCUUGACGAAAAGAUAGCCAGGCUCAAAAAGGAAGAAGAGCAAUCAGUGAAAAGGAAAAGAAAGAAGGAUAUGAAGGAAAAGAGAAAGUUAAGGGACAAAAUAGAUAUGAAAAUGGUUAUUCCAGGCGACAGAAUGGACAACGCUGAGGAUGAGCACAUAUUUGAUAUGAAAAAGAUAACAACCAAAAAUCAAGUUAAGAAUAUUACAGACAAUGCAGAAGAACCAGAAGUAGAAGAUAAUUGGGAUGAUGAAGAAGAACACUCAAAACGAAAAAUGAUGGCAACUUAUGAUAGAUUUAAAGAAGAUGCCGAUGAAACGUUUCCUACCAGCGACGAAGAGGAAAACUCAGAGGGGGAUGAUGACGAUGACGACGACGAUGACGAGGAAGAGAAUGGAAAAGAUGAUGAUGAAGGUGAACAGAAUGGCAAUCCUCUCAUUGUUGAUUUGCAUGAUGAACCUGAAAAAGACAGAAAUAUGGCCAUGUGGUUUAAUAGGGAUGCCUUCAAAGACCUCGAGAAUGAUGUAGAAAAUGAUAGUGAAGAUGAGGAAGAUGGAAUCGAGAAUGGCAUUGUAAAACAAGGUAUUACUACGGCAAAUGGUGGGGAUAACAGUGAUGAUGAUGAAAGUAGUGACGAUUCGGAUAGUGAUGAUGACAGCGAUGACUCAGAUUCCGACUAUGACGUUGGUAAUUUGGGUACUCCAGCACAAAAAAAAUUAAAAAUAAGUAAAAAGGAUGGUUUUGAAGUUGUUCCUACGUCAGAAAUCGGUGAAAAUACAUUACCUGGGGUAUCUAAAAAGGUUAAGAAAUUAGAUCCCUUAGGUUUAGCCAUAGGGGAAGAACUGGUUAAGUCUAAAAAAAGAAGGCGGGAAUUGAUAGAAGAAUCUUAUCAUAAAUUUAUGAAUGAUGAUACAGAUUUACCAGUUUGGUUUACUCAAGACGAAGCUAGAAAUUAUCGCAAACCCGUAUCAGUCUCUAAAGAACAAGUUCAGGAAUAUAAAGAGAAGCUGAAAGCUAUAGACGCAAGACCGGCCAAGCGAGUGAUAGAAGCUAAAGCAAGAAAGAAGAAGCGCUCUGUUAGACGUCUAGAAAAAGCAAGAAAGAAGGCAGAAACUGUAUCAGAAUCAGUCGAUGUUUCAGAGAAGGAGAAAAUGAGACAAAUCCGAGACAUUUAUAAAAGAGCAGGCCUAUUGAAAAAACAAAAAUCUGAAGUUAGCUACGUCGUCGCUAAAAAAGGUGCUGGGAAGAAGGUCUCAAGACCAGCUGGAGUUAAGGGACAUUUUAAAGUUGUUGAUCCUAGAAUGAAAAAAGACAAUCGAAAAAUGAAAGAUAAUCUUAAAAAACAGAAGAAAGGUGGUAAAUUCGGUAAGAAGAAACCAACAAAGGGAAAAGGAAAGGGUCGUUAAAUUUUCUAUAUUAUAUAAAAAUUUAUAAUUUCCUUAUAUUGAAUUAAUUAUAAAAGCAAUUUAUGUUAUUGUUCAAGCAGUAAAAAACACAAAUGACAAAAAAAAGGAAACAAAUUCAAAUAUAAUGAUAUUUGCAUUUAAGAGAUUAAUAAGCUGUUUAAAUUAGUGGUUUAAAUUGAUUAAUGGAUUGAAUAAUAUCUUUAAAGAACAAACAGAAAUACGAUUAAUCUUUUAAAAAACAUAAAUUAGAUGUGAAUUACUUUUUCAUAUACAGUCUAACUAGUUGAUAUUUUCAUUUCCCUACAUUCUUUUGGUGAAUUUAAUCUUAUCUUAGAAGCCAAUUGCCGCCAUAAGUUGGAAAGAAAACAACAUAUGGUAUAAUAGAUAUUACAUAUGUAAAAUUAUUUCUUUUUAUACACUUAUAAGUGUAAAUUAUCCGCAAAAUACUCUUCAAACCAUAGCUUGAUUUUUCUUUCACAAACACUUUAAACAAGUUAAUAUUAUAAAUUAUUAUAUUGACAUAUAUUUACUACUUCCUUAAGAGGUUGCUUAUUAAAUUGUAUAAA